CCGCACAGCCCGGCUCUCCGGGCAGGGUUCUGAGCUCCGGUGUGUGCUCGGCGGCCACCUCCCUCCGAUUAGCCCGGUGGGAGCGACCCGAGCCGAGGCACGCGGCCUGCUCCGGCCCGGCCAUGAGCGCGGCCGCAUGAUGCGUCCCUGCUUCGGCCCUUGCAGUCGCCGCCGCCGCCGCCGCCGCAGGCCAGGAGGAGCCGCAGCGCUGGGCGACCCCGCCCGGGCCUCGGAUCCUAUCACAUAGGACAGUAUGUACCUUCAGAUCCUGAAGAAAAGGCGCAAAAUGUUCAAGUAAUGUUUCAGAAUAAUUUGUGAGGGUGCAUCGGGAAACCAUGCCGUCAUCAGGACACCGGCUCCGUGAUAUUGAGCACCAUCCUCUCCUGACUGAGAACGACAGUUACGACUCCUCGUCCUCCUCUUCCUCCGAGGCUGACGUGGCAGACAGGGUCUGGUUCAUCCACGACGGCUGCGGCAUGAUCUGCGCAGUGCUGACGUGGCUCCUGGUCGUCUACGCAGACUUCGUGGUGACGUUUGUCAUGCUGCUGCCUUCCAAAGACUUCUGGUACUCCGUGGUCAACGGGGUCAUCUUUAACUGCCUGGCGGUGCUGGCCCUGUCAUCGCACCUGCGGACCAUGCUCACCGACCCCGGAGCAGUACCGAAAGGAAAUGCCACUAAAGAAUACAUGGAGAGUUUGCAGCUGAAGCCAGGAGAAGUGAUCUACAAGUGCCCGAAGUGCUGCUGUAUCAAGCCUGAGCGUGCCCACCACUGCAGUAUUUGCAAACGAUGUAUUCGGAAAAUGGAUCACCACUGCCCGUGGGUGAACAAUUGUGUGGGAGAAAAGAACCAGAGAUUCUUUGUGCUUUUCACUAUGUACAUAGCUCUGUCUUCAGUCCACGCUCUGAUUCUCUGUGGACUGCAGUUCGUCUCCUGCGUCCGAGGGCAGUGGACAGAGUGCAGCGAUUUUUCGCCUCCAAUCACUGUAAUCCUGUUGAUCUUCCUGUGCCUUGAGGGUCUCCUGUUUUUCACUUUCACUGCAGUUAUGUUUGGCACCCAGAUCCACUCAAUAUGCAAUGAUGAAACGGAGAUCGAGAGACUGAAGAGUGAGAAGCCGACCUGGGAGCGGAGGCUACGGUGGGAAGGGAUGAAGUCGGUCUUUGGGGGGCCCCCCUCCCUCCUCUGGAUGAAUCCCUUCGUUGGUUUCCGGUUUAGGCGACUACAGACGAGACCCAGAAAAGGAGGCCCAGAGUUCUCCGUUUGAGGCCCCUCCCGGCGUGCUGGAACUUGUCAGUGGACUUGAAAUUAUUUAUUCGGGGUCUGAAAGGAAUUGACAGCUCAUCUGUGACCGAUGACCGGCAGGGCAAAUGGAACCUACACAGACCAGCUGCUUGCAGCAAGCAGAGUCUUACGUGCCGUGUUCACAGUCACGAUGGCAGGUUCUCCACUCCGGUACCUGGGUGACACUCUCAUCAGUUUUCACCUGGACAGCUAACGAAACGGAUGUGGCCACAUGAAGAAGCCAAAUGUCAUUAUCUGCCUGCACAGGUAGGGUUUUUGUUAAGCAAACUUUGCAUUUUCUAAGAAGUUCUGUGAUGUUACAUAGGUUAAUAAGAUCCUGUGUACUGAGCUGCUUUUUUCAAUCAUGAAGAGAAGAAGUCAAUCCAGUGAACAAGAACCCCCCGACGGGCGGUUUCAGGGAGCUCCUGUGGACCCUGUGAUCAGUAGUGCGCUCCCUGGAUUGAGAAGGGGCGCUUACGUGAAGUACGUCUUGGUCUCCUUUAGUUCUGACACUUUGCACUGAAUUUGCAAAAGAUCUGUGCACCGAGCAGGAGGGCGGCUCCAGACCCACCCACACUGCCUGGGAAGAGGCGUUCUGUGACCCUGCAGCGAGGCUGCGCGUGUGUCUUUGUCUGUGUGUGAGUGUGUGUGCGUGCAUGCACGUGUGUUUGAAGUUGACAGUGUCGUUUGGACCACGUAACCUGUUAACAGCUGUGCGGCGAACGAGCUGUUUUUUAGAAACCGACGUUUCAGGGAAGCGGGGAGAGCUGCCCGGGACCCUCCUCCCGUGGGGUUCGCUUUGAAUGUAUUGCAAACUGGAGAAAAUCUUGAUCCAAAGAACCAUCAUUCCUGUGUGGUCCUUCGUUGCCCUCCUGUUUUCAUUUUACUUUAAAAAUCUUGAGUGCGUGAGGGCCUUGGAACUGACUUUUUUCGUCCAGCCAAAUUAGCAGUGUGUCAGCAGCACCAAGAGCUAAGUCCCUGGCGGCCUUCACGUGGUGCCGCUCAGCGGUGCCAGGAGGAGGGGCAGGCACGGCCCAGUGAGACACAGGAGAGGCCGGUGUCGGUCUCUGGGCAUCGCCGAGGAGGGGAGAGGACCGCGAGGCUACGUGCCCUGGACUCUGCCUCCCUUGCAAAGAAUAUUCAGGAUGGCAACGGCUUGUUUUUCUUUUCUUUUCUUUUUUUUUUAUCAUUUUUGUCUCAUUUCUCUACCCAUGUCACCAGUGAUCAAAUAGGACCCUUGGUGCAGAGCUUAAAAUUAUUCCAGAAAGCAAACAGCUCCCCUCCUUGGGGACUCGCCUUAAACUCGCCUGGUCGGUACGUGUUGGCGGGACUCCCGAGGAAGCCACCUGUGACGGUCCCAGGGUCUCCUCUACGCCUGCCCCCACCCACGUGGAGAAGAGUUGGUGUUUCCCUCCCGCUCUUCACACUUCUCUGUUCAUCUGUGAGCCAUUUUUGUUUCCGUUUUUAGUUAGCCCGUACCCUCUCCUAAUCAGGGUUUCUACCACUGCUGAUGCAAAGCCACGAAGGGACCUACUCGAGACACACUCACAGCCAAGUGAACAAAGCUGUAGGACACUUUAGAAGUGGACCAAGUCACUGCAGAGACGUGUGAGCUGUCAGGGGCGGGCUGUACCCCGGCCAGAGGGCGACGCAGACACACACCGCGGUGACGCAGGAGGCGAGUCUGCGGAGGUGGGUCUGCGUGUUCAUUUGCACAUCUGUUGUCUGGUCGGACAUGUGGACUGGGCUUCAGUGUGAGCCUCUUAAUAGGUAUAUCCUGUUCAUCAGUUAGAAAAAUUAUCCAAGUGGUUGAAUCCUGUGAGACUUGGCAAGUAUGUGCAAAUCAAGUAUACUUGACUUUUCAGCCUCCUCUUUCAAUGUAACUUUUAUAUAAAAUAAAGUCACCCAUUGAUGGUUCUCA